AUGGGUUCUCGAUUUCCCUCUCAUAAGUUGAGCAGUGGCCUUUAUGUGUCGGGCAGGCCCGAACAGCCAAAAGAGAAGACUCCAACAAUGAGCUCUGUGGCGAUGCCUUACACUGGCGGUGAUAUAAAAAAAUCCGGUGAACUUGGUAAAAUGUUUGAUAUUCCUACAGAUGGAUCAAGAUCCCGAAAAUCCGGGCCCAUAACCGGUGCUCCCUCAAGGACGGGCUCUUUUGGUGGUGCCCAUUCUAACUCAGGCCAAUUGAACUCCGUGGGUCGUGGCCCGGCUGUUGGGUCAGCCUCAAUGAAGAAGACGAAUUCGGGUCCACUCAAUAAACAUGGCGAGCCAUUGAAGAAAUCUUCAGGCCCACAGGGAGGUGGGACCGCCGUUUCUCGCCAGAAUUCCGGCCCUCUCCCACCGGUUCUGCCGACUACUGGCCUCAUUACAUCUGGGCCUAUCACAUCGGGCCCGCUGAACUCGUCCGGCGCCCCUCGGAAGGUAUCUGGCCCGAUGGAGUCAAUGGGCUCUAUGAAGAUGCACAAUGCUCCUAUAGUUAAAAACCAGGCUGUUACUUACCUUGGCCAGGAUGUUGAGUAUUCUUUCCGUAAGAGCUUCCCUAGGCCGAUCCUUUGGGCUAUCAUUCUUAUAUUUGUCAUGGGAUUUAUUGCUGGUGGUUUUAUACUUGGAGCUGUCCGAAAUCCUAUUCUGCUUGUGGCCGUUGUUGUACUUUUUGCUUUGGUGGCCACUGUGUUUACCUGGAACACUUGUUGGGGAAGAAGGGCUAUUACUGGUUAUAUAGCUAGUUAUCCAGAUGCUGAGCUGAGAACUGCUAAGGAUGGCCAAUUUGUCAAAGUUUCCGGGGUUGUCACAUGUGGAAAUGUUCCCCUUGAGUCAUCAUUCCAAAAAGUUCCCCGAUGUGUUUAUACAUCGACAAGCUUGUAUGAGUACAGGGGAUGGGAAUCCAAAGCCGCAAACCCGACUCAUCGCCGCUUUACAUGGGGUCUUCGUACAUUGGAGAAGCACAUUGUUGAUUUCUAUAUUUCGGACUUCCAAUCUGGGUUGAGGGCAUUGGUGAAAACUGGGUAUGGUGCAAGAGUGACACCGUACGUGGAUGAAUCUGUGGUGGUCGACAUUAACCCGUCCAACAAGGAUAUGUCUCCUGAUUUUGUUAGGUGGUUGGGAGAGAGGAACCUCUCGAGUGAUGACCGCGUAAUGAGACUCAAAGAAGGGUACAUUAAAGAAGGCAGCACUGUGAGUGUAAUGGGAGUCGUGCAAAGGAAUGAGAACGUGUUAAUGAUUGUACCCCCACCCGAGCCAUUCUCGACCGGAUGUCAGUGGAGUAAAUGCAUACUUCCUGCGAGUCUCGAAGGCAUUGUUCUGAGUUGUGAGGACACUUCAAAGAUUGAUGUCAUACCAGUUUAG